UCUUAGCAUUCGGCUAACACAUAGCAUGUGUAGCAUGUAAGUGUAGCUUCCCGCCGUGUCGUCCACCAAGUGAAUUUGCCUUCUUCCAGUUUAGUCGGCGAUUCAACUCCGAAAGUCCGUGGUGUUUUGACGAAGUACCCGGUCGAAGCGAGCUCUGUUUGGGCGGUGGAGAUGGCGACGCCUCCCGAAGAUCAGGAGCUGAGGAAUGUGAUUGACAAGCUGGCCCAGUUUGUGGCCCGAAAUGGCCCCGAGUUCGAGAAGAUGACGAUGGAGAAGCAGAAGGAGAACCCCAAGUUUUCCUUCCUGUUUGGGGGUGACUUCUUUGGAUACUACAAGUACAAGCUGGCCGUGGAACAGCAGCAGCUGCUUUGUAAACAGCCCGGGCAAGAUGGCCCAGAUGCCCCUCCCCCAAUGAACACACUGCCUCCGCCCCCUGUCCCAGCCCCGCCCAUGGCCACACCCUCUGUGGACGAGCUCAUCCAGCAGAGCCAGUGGAACCUGCAGCAUCAGGAGCAGCACCUGCAGAACCUCAGACAGGAGCAGGUGACGGCUGCCGUCGCCCUGGCCCUAGAGCAACAGACCCAGAAGCUGCAGCACGAGACGCAACUGGACGUAUCCGAGUUUGACGGCCUGCUGCAGCCAAUCAUCGACACCUGCACCAAGGACGCUAUCUCGGCUGGCAAGAACUGGAUGUUCAGCAAUGCCAAGUCCCCACAGCACUGCGAGCUGAUGGCCGGGCACCUGCGCAACCGUGUGACUGCCAGCGGUGCCCCCUUCCAGCUGCGCCUGCAUCUGAUUUACCUCAUCAACGACGUUCUGCAUCACUGUCAGAGGAAGCAACAGAGAGACCUGCUGGCGGCUCUGCAGAAGGUGGUCGUGCCCAUCUACUGCACCAGCUUCCUCGCUGUGGAGGAGGACAAGCAGCAGAAGAUCGCUCGGUUGCUGCAGCUUUGGGAGAAGAACGGCUACUUUGAUGAGACAACCAUCCAGCAGUUGCAGAGCCCUGCCUUGGGGCUGGGCCAGUAUCAGGCCUCAUUAAUCACAGAGUACGCGGCCGUGGUUCAGCCCGUGCAGACGGCUUUCCAGCAGCAGAUCCAGGCCCUGCAGGCGCAGCACCAGGAGCUGGUGACCAGCCUGAGGCAGUCGCCGGCCCCAGCACAGACGCAGCCGCAGCCGCAGCCCAGCCCAGUCCCGGCGCCCGUGGUGCAGGCCCCCGCGGGGGAGAGGGAAGCCCCAGCCCCCACUACGCAGCACGGAGAGGUGAAAGGUGACUACGAGGUUAGCCGGAACCCUCUGCCUGCGACGGCCCCACCCCGUGAACCCGGAGACCCCAUCCCUGCCCCCAAACCCGGCUGGUUCGACCCUCAGCGCAACUUGUCCGCCUGGCCCCAGCAGCAGCCGCCCCCCUUUGACCCCACACAGCCCCCACCUCCGUGCCCCCCCUGGGCUGGCCACGAGGCGCCGUGGAGUGAGCAGCGGAACCCCAACUGGGGUGGCCAACGUGAGAACGCCCCCUGGAGCGAGCAGCGGGAAAACGCCCCCUGGGCCGGGCAGCCGGAGCCGCCGCCACCCCCGCCCACGUGGAGCGGGCAGCGGGAGGCGCCGUGGAGCGGGCAGCCCGAGCGUCCGCCGUGGGGCCAGAGGGAACCCCCCUUCCGGAUGCAGCGGCCUCCGCCUUUCCGAGGCCCGCCCCCACCCUUCAACCAGCCCCCGCCUCCCCACGACUUUGGCCGCUUCCCGCCCCGCUUUAUGCAGGACGACUUGCCCCCCCGACACCACUUUGAGCCUCCGCCCUACCCGCCCCCUGGCUUCGAGUACCAGCAGGGCGACUUCCCCUCAGGUGAUCCUGCGCUCCUGUCUCUCAGCCCCCUGCCCCCCCCAGUCCCGGUUGUCUCUUACCCACUGACAGGAGUGUGUGUCUGUCCUCCAGACAUAGGCCCUCCUCCCCACCCCCCUCCCAGCCACAGGAUCCCACCCCCUGGCAUGACAGAGCCCCCUCCCUGGGGGGGGAGCCAGCACCCGGAGUUCGGACCCCCACCACCGCGCGGCUUUAACGGCCAGGCCCCCCACAGUCGGCGUCAGGCCCCCGCCCACGUCAGCCAGGAUGACCCCAGCCUGGUGCCCAACGUGCCCUACUUUGACCUGCCGGCUGGGCUCAUGGCUCCACUGAUCAAGUUGGAGGACCAUGACUACAAGCCUCUGGACCCCAAGGACAUCCGACUGCCGCCCCCCAUGCCCCCCAGCGAUAGGCUGUUGGCAGCUGUGGAGGCCUUUUACAGCCCCCCCUCGCACGAGCGGCCCAGAAACAGCGAGGGCUGGGAGCAGAACGGGCUCUACGAGUUCUUCCGGGCCAAGAUGCGAGCGAGGAGGAAGCGGGCUCAGGAGGACCGUAGCAGUGCACGCGGCAGCCGCUCCCGCAGCCGGGGAAGGUCGUCCUCGCGUUCCUCGUCCAGGUCUAAGUCCCGUUCCCGGUCCCGCUCACGCUCCUACUCACGGUCCCGCUCACGGUCUCGGUCCAGGAGCGGCUCCCGCUCAUCCCGCUCCAGGUCCCGCUCCCGAUCCCGCUCUCGCUCCCGCUCCAGAUCCGGCUCUCCCAGUAGGAGGCGCCGGGCCAGGUCCCGCACUGCCUCCCCUCCGUCCACAUCUGGAUUGGGCUCUACUUCAGAGCAGAGGCUGGGAGAGGAGAACAAGGGUCACCGGAUGCUGAGGAAGAUGGGGUGGAGCGGCUCGGGGGGGCUCGGGGUCAAGGAGCAGGGCAUUCGAGACCCCGUGAAGGAGGGUGACGUUCGGGACAAGUGGGACCAGUACAAGGGAGUGGGUGUAUCGCUGGAUGACCCCUAUGAGAACUACCGGCGCAACAAGAGUCACACCUUCAUCGCACGCAUGAUGGCCAGGGAGGACGUGAAUCGGGAUCCCCAGCAGUCCUCAGCCCCCCAGUGAUGGCGAUGGAGCCUCCUGCAGGCCUGACUGACCUUCUCAGCAUCUGGCAGGCUCCCCAGUCCUGGUCAUCUUCAGUCUGUACAGUUAGAUCAGUGUUUCCCAAUCCCGUCCUCUGGGACCCGCAGACAGUCCACGGUUUUGGAGCAUAUGGACUGUUUGCAGGUUGGCGAGGAAGCACUAAGUAGAUAGUUUGUAAUAGUCUUUUUAAAAUGACCGAAUGGUGUAAAUGCCCCCCCCCCCCCGCUCAAGGAUCAGUAGCCAUGCUGACGUGGUGCUGAGUGGUAAACAGUCAGACCCAAGGGCAGAUACAAGGCAGCUUUGUUGUCCUGCUCAUUUGUGCAGCGAGUCUGUCUCCUCACUCAGCGUUUCUCUCGCUGGUCGCUGUUGCUGGAAGCUUAAUGUCCCUGUUUUUUUAUGUAAAGAAUUCAGCUUUGAUGUGCUAUGAGAUAUCAGUGCAGUAAUGAGCCCCAGUGACUUUACAUUUUUUGUCCCAUAUCCUGUUUAGAGCAGUUAGGCCUUUUGUUUGCACCGAGAUAACUCCAUGUACGCAGCGAUGUACUUGAAUAAAUAUGAUUCUCGAUCUCA